AUGGAGACUCUGGCGGCGGCUCGCCGUGCCAAGAGAAGGAAGCCGGAGGCACCCGAGAGCGCGGAACAGGAGGGUGGAGUGAACAUCUCGCCACUACGAGCGAUGAGUGAGUCUGAUUCCAAUCAUCCUGGAGCAGAAGGAGACGAACCCUACGUCCAAGAUACGCCGCCUGGAGCCGGCGGAGAGGAAGGAGAUGGGGUCGACCGAAUCAGUAGCCUCCGCGACGCCAUUCUGUGUGAGGUCAUCUCUCGUCUCCCCACCAAGGAUGCUGCCCGCACCCAAAUCCUCGCCACCCGGUGGCGCCAUCUCUGGCGCUCCGCCCCUCUCAACCUCGACGGUGGUGACCUUCGCACCAUGGAUGUCGUCUCCGGCAUCCUCUCCGCCCACCGGGGCUCCGGCCGCCGCUUUCGCUUCCCCGCACAACGACUACAGGACCACCCCGCCACUGUGGAUGCAUGGCUCCGAUCCCCCGCCCUCGACAACCUCCAAGAGAUUGACUGCUGGACCCGCUCCAUUUGGGGGCCGCAGGUGUUGCAACCGCCACUUCAGCCGGUGUCUAUCUUCCGGUUCUCGUCGUGCCUUUGCGUCGCCACUCUCAGCCGAUGCCACCUCUCUGACGACGUCGCCCAGGCGCUUCAGUUCCCCAAGCUCAAGAAGCUCGCACUUCAAUGGGUCCGCAUUUCGGAGGAUUCCCUGCAUAGCAUUAUUGCUGCUUCUCCCGUCCUCGAGUGCCUGCUGCUUAGCACCGUCUUUGGCUUCCACUGUCUCAGGAUCAACUCAGCUAGCCUUACAAGCAUUGCGGUGGGUCAUGCUGAUGAUGGGUAUGAAACAAGAGUGACAUUCUUAGAAGAAUUCAUCAUUGAGGAUGCCCCUUGCCUUAAAAGGAUUCUGUAUCAUCGACCACCACAAACGGGCAUGCCACUGCAAGUAUCAGUUAUUUCAGCACCCAAUCUGGAGACCUUGGGUUGCCUAAAUUAUUCUGAUUACUGUUCCUGGCUUGCGUUGGCCUCUAUGAUUAUUGAGGUACCUCUUGCCUACAGGUUCUGA